AUGCCCACCCAACACGGCUCAGUCCUCUACAAAGACUCCACUCCCCAAGUCGACGCCGCCUCCAUCAUCGUCCUCCGUGACGCCGGCGCCCUCCUCCUCGGCAAAACAACCACAACCGAAUUCGCCGCCACAGUCGCCGGCCCCAAAACAAUAAACCCCCACACCGCGUCCUCCCCGCCCGUUCGCACCCCGGGCGGCUCCUCCUCCGGCUCCGGCGCCGCCGUCGCCGACUUCCAAGCCCCGCUCGCCCUCGGCACGCAAACCGGCGGGAGCACAAUCCGCCCGGCCUCCUUCAACGGCAUCUACGCCCUCAAACCCACCUGGAACGCCAUCUCGCGCGAGGGCCAGAAGAUCUACUCGCUCAUCCUCGACACGCUCGGCCUCUUCGCGCGGAGCGUCGAGGACCUGCAGCUCCUCGCGGACGUCUUCGCCCUCGCCGACGACGAGACGCCCACCGAAACCUUCGAUGUCAAGGGCGCGAAGAUCGCGUUCCUGAAGACGAUGGUCUGGCCGCACGUCGGGUCCGGCACGGAGGCCGCGCUGGGGAAGGCGGUGGAGCUGCUGAAGGCGCACGGGGCGGAGGUGCAGGAGAUCGAGUUCGCGGCGGAGCUGGAGGAGCUGCCGGAGUGGCACGCUACAGUCCUCCACAGCGAGGGGCGCGUGAACUUUCUGCCGGAGUACCGCGUCGGCAAGGAGGAGUUACACGAGUUCCUGGUGGGCCAUGUGGAUAAUGUGAACAAGAUCUCGCGGGCGGCGCAGUUAGAGGCGUUUGAUAAUAUUGGCGCGGCGAGGCCCAAGGUUGAUAAGAUGCUGGGGGCGUUUGAUGCGGUGUUGGUGCCGAGCGCAGUUGACGAGGCGCCGGAGGGGCUAGGAAGUACGGGGAGUGCUGCGUUUAAUGCGCCUUGGACGGCUCUGCAUGUUCCGGUGGUUAACCUCAUUGGGUUUGGAGGACCGAAUGGGAUGCCCGUGGGUGUUUCGUUGGUGGCUCCGCGGUAUCGUGAUAGACAUCUUCUGUCUGUGGCAAAGGCUGUUGGCAAGAUUUUCGAGGCGGAGGGUGGUUGGAAGUCGCAGUUGUAG